AUGACUACGCCUAUGCCUCAUACGUUGGGAACAACCACCAAUAAUAGUAAGAAUACAAAUAUACGUGAAUCAAACAUGUAUAUACCUGGAUCAUAUACGCCUAGUUAUGCAACAUCCAUAUCUGACAUGAAUGAGGAAUACGACAAUAUAAAUCGUAUUUAA